GAAUGAAUGAUAAUUAAAGCUGAGAGUCCUGAUUUCAGUCGGCUAUCACAUGUUUUACAGCUAGUUUGAGCUUUCACAUACAAAACUUCUAUGACUGUACAGCAGAUUAGUAUUCUGAGCUCUGGAUCUACAACUGUUCCCCUCAGCACUAUACUGUCUGUAUAACCUUUGCUCUGGAAACUGAUCACAGUAAACUGGACUAUGAGCUUAAUGUAGAGCUGAAGUAAAACACACUCCACACACAACAAUAUGAAGAGCUGAAUUACACACAGAUACAGAAUAUUAACUGAGCCGUUUAAAGACGCUCGUGGACACAUUUGAUGAUCAAAGGAGAGUGACGUCACUGCAGAAUUUCAGAGAAAGUGAAACUAAUUCGACAUGGACAACAUGGACGCCUGAAAUGAUCAAACUUUAAACAACUCAACAUUGAUUGAGCCGUUCAGAAACCACCGUGGACACAUUUAAUACUUGCAGGUGAAUAAUAUUAAUCCUAUGGCCCUCAGUGAAAAGGACUGAAGAGGUGAAGAACAAUGGCAGAAUCUUCACCAACAUCAACAAAAGGAAAAGAAACCUGGAGAGGAAGUCAAGAUGUUUUACCUCCAUAUAUGUCCUCCUCCAGUAAUCCACUGUCUGAGGAGCUUCAGUGCUCAAUAUGUCUGGAGGUGUUCACUGAUCCGGUCAGCACUCCAUGUGGACACAACUUCUGCAAGAGCUGUCUGAAUAAGUGCUGGAACAACAGCCAGACCUGCAGCUGUCCAUACUGUAAAGAAACAUUUAGACACAGACCUGAUCUCAAGAUUAACACCACACUCAGAGAGAUCUCAGAGCACUAUAAAGAGAAAAAGCCUGAGGAAAAGGCUGAAGUUGUGUGUGACGUCUGUGAGGACAGAAAGCUGAAAGCCCUGAAGUCGUGUCUGGUGUGUCAGAGCUCUUACUGUCAAACUCAUUUAGAGCGUCAUUUGAGAGUGGCAGGAUUAAAGAAACACAAACUGAUGGAUCCUGUGAGGAAUCUGGAGGACUAUAUAUGUCAGAAACACGACAGACCUCUGGAGCUCUUCUGUAGAGAUGAUCAGACGUGUGUGUGUUCAUUCUGUAUUGAGAAAGACCAUGAAAACCACAACACUGUUCCUCUAGAAGAGGAGAGUAAAGAGAAGAAGACUGAACUGAUGAAGACACAGAAAGAUGUGCAGCAGAUGAUCCAGGACAGAAUCAAGAAGAUUCAAGAUGUCAAACACUCAGCAGGAGUCAGAAAAAUAAACUCAGAGAAGGAGAAAGCAACUCACGUGGAGAUCUUCACUGAUCUAAUCCGUGCCAUUGAGAGAUGUCAGACUGAACUGCUGGAGAUGAUGGAGGAGCAGCAGAAAGCAGCAGAGAAACAGGAGGAAGAGCUGAUUGAAGAGCUGGAGCAGGAGAUCACUGAGCUGAAGAUGAGAAACACUGAGCUGGAGCAGCUCUCACACACUGAAGAUCACCUCCACCUCCUACAGAGUUACUCAUCCCUGCACAGAGCUGCAGACACCAGGAACUGGCCUGAGAUCAGUCUGAAGACUCAGGAGAAUCUGGAGACUCUGAGAAGAGCUUUAAAUACACUAAAGGACACUGUAGAGGAGAAAAUCACACAAACUGAGCUGAAGUGGAAGCAGCAGUAUGCAGUGGAUGUUACUCUGGAUCCUGAUACAGCUCAUCCUAAACUCAUCCUGUCUGAUGAUGGAAAACAAGUGAGAUGUGGAGACAUCAGACAGGAACUCCCAGACACACCACAGAGAUUUGAUUACUGUCCCUGUGUCUUGGGAAAGGAGGGAUUCUCCUCAGGGAGAUUUUAUUAUGAGGUGCAGGUGAAGGGAAAGACUGACUGGGAUUUAGGAGUGGCCAGAGAAUCCAUUAACAGGAAAGGAAAGAUCACACUGACUCCCGGUAAUGGAUUCUGUACUGUGUGGUUGAGGAAGGAAAAUGAAUGUUUCUCUCUGUCUCUGAAAGUGAAGCCGCAGCGGGUCGGUGUGUUUGUGGAUUAUGAGGAGGGUUUGGUCUCCUUUUAUGAUGUGGAGUCCAGCUCUCAUAUCUACUCUUUCACUGAUCAGACUUUCACUGAUAAACUCUAUCCAUAUUUCAGUCCAUGUCCAAACUAUGAAGGUAAAAACUCAAACCCACUGAUCAUCACUCCUGUUAAUUACAACAAAUAAAUGUACACCACUUUAAGUAAAAUAUAUAUAUUUAAACAAC